CCGUGGCUCAAGCAGUUCUGCGAAAGACUUCGCCCCGGCUAGACGUGUGUUCCCAGUGCGUGUGCUUCUUCCCAAAAAAAUGGCCAACCCGAAUCCGGAGAUCAAGUGCACUAAGUUGUUCAUCAACAACGAGUUCGUGGACGCCGUUAGCGGGAAGACCUUCCCUACGAUCAACCCGUCGACCGGGACGAAGAUCGUCGAUGUGGCCGAGGGUGACAAGGCCGACGUGGAGUUGGCCGUGAAGGCCGCCAAGGCCGCUUUCGAGCGCAAGUCCGUGUGGCGCCAGAUGGACGCUUCGGCGCGCGGCAAGCUGCUGAACAAGUUGGCCGACCUGAUGGAACGCGACAUGCACUAUCUUGCGUCGCUGGAGUCGCUCGAUAACGGCAAACCGUACAUGACUGCCGUGUACGAUGUGUACGGGUCGGUGAACUGUCUGCGGUACUACGCCGGCUGGACGGACAAGAUCUGCGGUGACACGGUGCCCUCGGAUGGACCUCAUCUUACGUACACGAGGAAGGAACCGGUCGGCGUGGUCGGGCAGAUCAUUCCCUGGAACUACCCGAUGCUGAUGUUGGCCUGGAAGUGGGGACCUGCGCUGGCCGCGGGUUGCACGAUCGUGAUGAAACCGGCCGAGCAGACCCCGUUGACGGCGCUGUACCUGUGCUCGCUGGUCAAGGAGGCGGGCUUCCCGGCAGGCGUGGUCAACAUGGUUCCCGGGUAUGGACCAACGGCUGGAAAUGCCAUCGUCAUGCAUCCGGAGAUUAGGAAGGUGGCGUUCACGGGAUCGGUUGAGGUCGGCAAGCUGAUCAUGGCUGGGGCAGCGGUCAACCUGAAGAAGGUUUCGCUGGAGCUGGGUGGCAAGAGUCCGCUGGUGAUCUGCGACGAUGUUGAUGUCGAUGAAGCGGCCCAGAUUGCGUACGCCGGAGUGUUCGAGAACAUGGGCCAGUGCUGCAUCGCGGCGACGCGAACCUUCGUGCAGGAGGGCAUCUACGACGCGUUCGUCGCGAAGGCAACCGAGCUGGCCAAGGCCCGCAAGGUGGGCAAUCCGUUCGGGCAGGGAGUUCAGCACGGCCCCCAGAUCGACGACACGCAGUUCAAGAAGAUCCUCGGAUACAUCGAAACCGGCAAGAAGGAGGGGGCCAAGCUGCAGGCCGGAGGUGUGCGCUCCGGUAGCGAGGGUUACUUCGUAGAACCGACGGUGUUUUCGAACGUCACCGAUGAGAUGACGAUCGCUAAGGAGGAAAUCUUCGGACCGGUCCAGAGCAUCAUCAAGUUCAAGACGCUGGACGAGGUCAUCGAGCGGGCCAACGCGACCUCCUUCGGAUUGGCGGCGGGCAUCGUUACCAAAAAUUUGAACAACGCGUUGACGUUCAGCAACGCCGUUGAGGCUGGUUCCGUCUGGGUGAACACCUAUUUGGCCGUUUCGAACCAGGCGCCCUUCGGUGGCUACAAACAGUCCGGUAUCGGGCGUGAAAUGGGCAAGGAGGGCGUCGAGCUGUACUUGGAAACCAAAACCGUGUCCAUUAAGCUGCCCUCGAAGGUGUAAUCUUAUCAUGUUUUGCAUUUUUAUUUCAUGUCAAUCCAUUUCGGUUAUUGUGGCGCGCUGGUCGUAUCAGAUCGCUGAUAAAUGUGAUAAAUUUCAAUUGUACCCGGUGAGAAUAAACUGUUCGUGAACCGUCUCUUUUUUCUAAGUCAA